AUGUUUUCAAUUGCAACCACAACGGCCAUAGGCACUUUUUCAACAACUCCAGCUUUGAAUCGCACUGCUGGGCCCACAUUUUCCGCCAAUUUUACUCCCAGAACCUUCCUCGCAACUCCACUCUCUUCCAAUCACUUGUUCUCCAAACUCCCUCGCACUUCUUCUAAGCGAUCCCCAACUUCCCGUCACUUCAAGCGUUUUUCUCCUGUCAUGCAGUGGCAGGAUUGCACGGUUAAGAAGGAGGUUGAUGUGCCGGUCUCUGUAGCAUAUGCUUGUUAUUCUGAUCGUGAAGCCAUCCCAGAAUGGAUGCCCUUUAUUUCCACUGUUAAGAUAUUGCCAGACAAACCUGACUUGUCGCGAUGGUCCUUGAAGUAUAAGGCAUUUGGUCAAAAUAUUGAGUUCUCUUGGCUUGCUCGCAAUAUGCAGGAAAAGAUUCCCACUCCAAAUCAGAAAAUUCAUUGGCGAUCUCUGGAAGGUCUCCCCAACAGAGGCGCGGUACGAUUCUUUCCAAAAGGUCCCUCUUCAUGCAUAGUAGAACUGACAGUUUCUUAUGAGGUUCCUCAACUUUUAUCUCCAGUGGCAUCCGCACUGCAACCUUUUCUUGAAAGCUUACUUCAACGUGGUCUGGAAAGAUUUGCUAAUUUCGCAAAAAGCUACAAAUGA